AUGGCCACCAACAAUCCUAUUCCAUAUACGUCGAAGAACACCUUCGAAGAGAAGUACAUUGAGAUCAAGGGCCUCAAGUUCCGUACGCAUAACUGGCCCGUUCCUGCUGAUGUGCCGUAUAAGGCCAAGAUCAUUAUUGUUCAUGGUUUCUGUGAACAUGUCGUCCUCUAUACCAAAGUCUGCGACCAGCUCUGCUCCGAAGGGUACGAGUGCUUUGUGUUUGACCAGCGUGGAGCUGGUCUUACUUCUCCAGGGAAGGAAAAGGGGAUCACCAACGAUGCGUUCACCUACGCGGAUCUCGAUCAGAUGAUCGGCCUCAACCUCAAGAGCUUACCUGAUGGAAAAAAGCUCUUUCUCUUUGGCCACUCCAUGGGCGGUGGAAUUUUGUUGAAUGUCGGAAUCAAGGGCGUGUUCCGGGAUAGACUUGCAGGGAUCGUUGCCAUGGGGCCGUUGAUUAUCAGCCACCCUAAGACCAAACCCAAUCCGUUGUUGCGUGCCGCCCUUGGCCAAGUGUGCAAGAUUCUUCCAAACAUGAAGAUCGAUGCCAAAUUACAGGCGGACUACAUCCUCGGGGACAGCCCCUGGAAGCAGUACCUUAUCGAUGAUCCGCUCUGCAAAGCCGUCGGUAGUUUGCGCCAGAUGCAAGAUAUGCUUGUUCGUGGCGAAAAGUUGUUGGAUCCAGAAUAUGCGUCCAAGAUGAAAAAGGACUUACCGGUGUUGAUUACCCAUGGCGAACAGGAUUACAUCAACGAUAUCAAGGGCUCCCGUCAGUUCUUUGACAUGUGUGGCUCUACUGAUAAGAAGUUGACCACGUACGAGACCGGUAGACAUAGCUUGUAUCUUGAAGGGGACGAAGUGUAUGUUCCGUGGUUCAAAGAUGUUUUAGAGUUUUUUAACGGUCACCUUUAA